GAGUGGCUGGAUGAAUGAGAACGAUCGAACGCCCCUCUGCAUAUAUGGCGACGUUGAUCGACUCCAUGUACGCGGCAAACACCUAAGCGACCGUAAUGAACGAUGGAAGAAGAAGAAGAAGAAGAAGAAGAAGAAGAAGAAGAAGAAGAAGAAGAAGAAGAAGAAGAAGAAGAAGAAGAAGAAGAAGAAGAAGAAGAAGAAGAAGAAGAAGAAGAAGAAGAAGAAGGAGAAGAAGAAGAAGAAGAAGAAGAAGAAGAAGAAGAAGAAGAAGAAGAAGAAGAAGAAGAAGAAGAAGAAGAAGAAGAAGAAGAAGAAGAAGAAGAAGAAGAAGAAGAAGAAGAAGAAGAAUGCGGCUGGAGGUGUGGGUUCGCAGCCGCAUGCUUAAAGAUAUCGCGCUUGGUAAGAAUCGGGAUC